AUGGGUGCCGGAAAAGAAUUUCGAGUGGACGUAGUGGGCCCUGAGAGGCUAAUAGCGAGUGAGGGAGCCAAAUCGGCAGCAAAGCUUAGAACGCUUUCGAGCGACCAGGCCGGGUCAGACCGACCAACUGGUCUGACAGCAGUCCACCCAUCAGGUUCAGCAGUAGAUGAUGGAAAGGCCGAAUGGUCACCGACUUCGUGGCAGUCGCAUCCUAUUAAACAGGAUGUGGUUUAUGAUGAUUAUAGCAAGGUCGAGAAGGCUUUAGAAAAGCUUGAAAGUUUACCACCAUUGGUUCAUCCCAAGGAGAUCGAGGAUUUGAAAUCAAAACUGAGAGAUGCUGCCGAGGGUCGAGCUUUUGUCUUGCAAGGUGGUGAUUGUGCUGAAUUGUUCGAUUACUGUAAUCAGGAUAGAAUUGAAGCUAAACUCAAAGUGUUGCUACAGAUGUCACUGGUUCUUAUUUGGGGGACAAAAUUGCCUAUUGUUCGCAUUGGUAGAAUCGCUGGUCAGUACGCCAAACCUCGAUCCAAGCAGACUGAGGUUGUCGAGGGCUAUGGCGAAAUCCCCUCCUUCCGUGGAGACAAUAUCAAUGGAUACGAUCCCAGCGACCGUACACCUGAUCCUUCCAGAUUGGUCAGUUCUUACUUCCACUCGGCAGCGACGCUGAAUUUCAUCCGUUCAACUUUGGCUUCUGGAUUUGCUGAUUUACACCAUCCUUUCGAAUGGGAUUUGAGCCACGUUCGUAAGGACUCAAUCCGUAACAGAUACCAACAAGUUGUUGACAAUAUUUCUGAAGGGUUACAAUUCAUGUCGACAGUCGGUGGGGACAAUCCUGCCUGGCAGUCAAUUGACUUGUUCACGUCACACGAAGCUUUACUACUAGAAUAUGAGCAAUCGUUCACCAGACUUCUAAGAGAUCCCACUGUGAAAAGCACUAACGGUACUACUGAUACUAAUAGCAACAGCACCAGAAGUAGCAGUGCUAAUAGCGCCAAGAAGUACUAUAAUACGUCGGCACAUUUUGUGUGGAUAGGUGACCGAACACGCCAGUUGGACGGUGCACAUGUCGAGUUCUUCAGAGGAGUAGCCAACCCAAUUGGUAUUAAAGUAGGACCCAGCACCGAAACAGACGAGCUGGUGGCUGUCCUAGACCGAGUCGACCCCGACUUCGUUCCUGGCAGAGUCACUUUGAUCACUCGUUACGGUGCCGAUAAGAUCAAAGACAAGCUUGGCGAGCAGAUUCGUGCUGUCAAGAAGUCGGGUCACAAGGUGGUAUGGAUCUCCGACCCCUGUCACGGUAAUACCAAGACGUCUCCUGUUAGCAAACUCAAGACCCGAUACUUUGACGACAUCAUCUCGGAAAUCCGUCUUGCCCUCGAGAUCCACAAGGACAACGACUCUACACUCAACGGAUUACAUUUAGAACUCACGGGUGACCCUGUCACCGAGUGCAUUGGUGGCUCACAAGACCUCGAGGACGAAGACCUCGUCGUCCGCUACGAGACUUUCUGCGACCCCCGUCUCAGUCUCUCACAAUGUAAGUACCACAACCUGUCUCCUGUUCCUCACACUACAACCAAACUCCUACUAACGCAUCACAGCACUGGACGUCGCAUUCCUGAUCGCCGACUACUACCGCCAGGGUAUCCUGAAGGACGUCUAAACAAGGUUUUUGAUAAAUGGUAUACUGUAAAUAAACACAACUUUGUACGGCCACUCUGCCUCCGGCGGCUGGGGUCCGCCCCAGACCCAGGCUGCUCCUCUCGCUCCGCUCGAGUCAUUACCAGCCACUUACUCCUGCGAGACAACUGUGAAUGGCCACUAUGCCUCCGGCGGCUGGGGCUCCGCCCCAGACCCUGGCUGCUCCGCCCCAGACCCUGGCUGCUCCUCUCGCUUCGCUCGAGUCGUCACGCGGGUUCUAAAACUAAGACCCCUGCCCCUCCUGCGAAGCAGGAGCAACCAGAGUGUGAGGCGGAGCCCCAGUCGCCGGAGGCAACACCCGCCAGUGAAAGCAUUGGUAGUGAACAGAACAGGAACUAUGUAAACAGUAGAUCGACGCACCGCGGUCCACAGUGA